UUGAAGGCUUUUCAUCCGACCUGAAGCUCGUCUGUCUCUGUCGGGGAAACAUGAGGACUCUGGUGACCAUCCUACUUCUGACUCUCGUCUGCUUCCUGAGUUACAGCUCUGCAGCUCCACUUGCACUACGAAUGUUGAAUAGGAAAGUAUGCUGUACAAACUCCACUCAGAUGCAUAUUCCUAAGGGAAAGAUAACAGACGUGGUGAUGACCCCGAGUGACUGUGAACAACAAGCAAUUGUAGUCACGACUGUGUGCGAUAAGAAGUUUUGCAUUGAUCCCAACUGGACCUGGGCAAAGAAUCUGUUGAAAGAAUUUGAGAAGUCAACUGCCAACAACUCGCCACCAUCUGCCCCCUUCAAUGUCACACGGUGUCCAAAGAAGGUUUAAAAAAGUGUGAGCGUGUUGUUCCUUUGAGUGUCAUAACUACAUGUAGAUUAUUAUGAACAUGUCUAUCAGCCCUUCAGCUGAUUAUUAUAUAUAUAUAUAUAUAUAUAUAGGUCUAAGUAUUUUUGCAGGUUAAAGUUGCUGCCUUUAACUGACAGUGUGACCUUGGAAAGUUUAAUGUUAAAUGUGAAAAGACGUCUUUAAAUGCCUUUUAAUUUCAACAUGUUAAUUAUUAAUUGUAAUUUCAUACCCGAAUAUAUACAGCUGUGUCCUAAUUUAAUGUUUUCAGUGAUUACAGGAUUUGAAAUGUAUGUUUAUUAUUGCUACACAACG